AUGCGCCCUGUCACUGUAAGUAAGGGGCUGGGGCGAGACAAUAGAGACCAGAGAAACAAUAGGGAAGGCAAGCGCAAGGGUGACUAUUGUAAUAGUGAAGCAGAACUGACCCUGAAACGCCGACCAUCAUAUUACGUCUACAACCUGAUAAUCCCCAUCACGCUUCUAUCUCUUCUCAGCUCCCUGGUGUUUGCUUUGCCAAUAGAGUACGGUGACAAAGUGGCUCUAUCCAUGACGGUUCUACUCUCCUUCGGCGUGUUCCUGACUCAGAUGACCACAGACAUGCCAAAAACGUCCCGACAGACGUCCUACCUCACCAUCUACCUGACCGCUCUGCUCACCCUAAGCUCCCUCUCUGUGGCCAUGAUGAUCCUCAUUCUCAGGAUCUACAAGCGUCAAGGAAAGGUGCCCAAAGUGCUGCAGAAAUGGGUUGUUCUCUGGAAAUGUUAUUCGUCAAAUGUAAAGCAGACUGCUGCUGUAGAUCAAGAUCAUGCGGGUGACGUAAAUGCCAAGGUGAGCACAGAGGAUCCAUCCUGGAAGGAUGUGUCUGCCACGCUUGAAGCCAUGUGUCUGAGGUUAUUCCUCUUCAUGAAUAUCAGUCUCGGCAUCGUUCUCUUCACUGUACUAAUAGUAUUAACAAAUUGA